AUGGUACACAGUUCAAAUCAUAGUAAUAAUUGUGUUAGCUACAUUAUUAGAAAACAUUUUCUGUUAAUAUUAUUAUGUCUUAAUGCAUUUCUUGGUUGUAUGUAUUAUAUUCGUGGACGAAAUGAAGAAAAACUAAAUCCAAUUCCAUCAACAACAAAUACAAGAGUAUCAAAUGUUAUUCUUAAUCGGCAACAGCAUAAUCAAUAUGUAAUAAAAACAAAUAAAGCAAUUGUAUUUAUUAAAAAUACACUUGAAAAUGAAUAUAAUCAAAAUGAUUUAAUGAGCUUUUAUAAUCAUGUUCAAAAAGAAUAUUCAUUAGGAUUAAAAUGUACAAGAAUACAAAAUAUAUCGAAAACAAUGGCUAUAUCUAAUAAUACUAAUCAAAUUGAAAACAAUACUAGCAUUAUCAGUACCAGAGUCAGAAAACGUUCAUCUUCUCGUCAUGUCCAACGUACUGAUCUUAAUAAAUUUAUAAUAGAUAAUUCUGAUGCAUGUUUAAAUGAAUUUGUUGAUUUAGUAAUAAUAAUAAUAUCAAAAUCUAAUAACUAUAAAAUACGUGAUGCUAUUCGUCGUACAUGGACAUCAGGACAAGAUCUUGGUAUAUAUUCUACAAUAAAUGUAAAAUAUUUUUUUCUUAUUGAUUAUAAUGAAAAAUUAGUUCAUAAUAUUCGACUUGAAAAUAAUCUUUUUCAUGAUAUAAUUCAAGUUGAAUUGCUACAAGAAUAUACAUUAGUUACACAUCGUGUUUUAUCUUUAUUUGAAUGGUCAUUUCGUUAUUGUCGUACGGCUAAAUUUCUAUUUAAAACUGAUGAUGAUAUUUUUAUUAAUUUAAUAUUACUUUUAAAAUUUAUUUCACCAUUAAUUAAACAAUCAACCAACAAUUCAUUUUUAAUAUCAGAUAUGAAUAUGUAUGGUUUUAAACAUAAAAAUGCACGUGUAUUUCGUCAUACAAAAGAUCCAGUAUCCGAUAGAUAUAUUGUUACAAUUGAUGAAUAUCCAUGUGAACGAUAUCCAACAUUUUUAUCUGGUUUUGGUUAUUUAAUAUCAAAAAAAGCAAGAGAUGCCAUUCUCUAUACUGCUUAUCAAGAUCCAGAACCAUUUCGAAUAUCCGAUGUUUACUUAACGGGUAUCAUACCCGAUUAUCUAUCCAUUCCACGUCAAUCAUUAUCUGAUUAUGAUAUUGAAUUUACAAAUGGUUGUGACGAGUUUUUUCGUCAUUCAAAAGCAUUUGCAUGUGCAAACAGUAUACAUCAUGGUAAUACAAGUGAUACUUUUAGUAAAUUUAAUCAAUAUUGGCAACUUGUUAAGAAGAAACAUUUAUCAAUGCAUUAG